AUGGGAUUGAGUCAUUCUUCACAUUAUUCACACGUUUCUCAUGUAAGAAAUGUAGCAACAUUUAAUGAAAAAGUUAUUGUUUCGCCAUAUGAGGACGUUUAUCCCAGACUGGACAUUUUAGAUUUUUACAAUAAUGAGACAUAUCGACCUCAGUUUGAUUUAUUAGUUCAGGGCUAUCAAGCCCUUCAGGACCGCCCAUAUGAAGAUAUGAGAUCAUAUUACCAGGUCGCUGGCAUACAUGGUUUGCCAUAUACCGCCUAUGAUGGUGUUACUGGUGCUAAUCCAUACAAUUCAUCGGAAUUUUCAGAAGGUCGUUGGGGUGGAUAUUGCCAACAUGGAAAUAUUUUAUUUCCAACUUGGCAUAUACCAUACAUGAUGUUAAUUGAAAAUCUUUUGGUCGGUGAGGCUAAAAAAAUUGCCGCACAAUACCCUCUAAAUCAAAGAGAUAGAUAUAUUGAAGCGGCUAAACAGCUUCGUCACCCUUAUUGGGACUGGGCUGACGAAAAAGCUAUUAAAGGUGUCCCAGAAAUUUUCAUGUCUCCUACUAUAGAAAUAAACACUCCAAGUGGCAAGAAAAACGUGUCAAACCCAUUAAAAAGCUAUACACUACCCACAGAUAUUUCGGAGCCACUGCAGAAAGGACAAAAUCCAACCGAUAAACCAAAUUACAACGUUCCUAACAUGUCGUAUAUUCCAUAUACGCCAAAAGGCUAUCCAACCGUUCGAUAUCCAAAUUCUAAUUAUGAAGAUCGUUACGAUCUUCAAAAACAAAAUUUUUCAGUUUAUGUUCGGUCUGUAUUCAGGCCAGGCCUUUAUCAGAUGUUUCAUGUUUCAUCCUUUUUACAUUUUAGUAAUCAUAUAGUAGCAUCGGAUGAUCAUGAAAUACCUGAAUCAAACCCUGGCCAUCCUGUACCGGAUCCUCAAAAAAGUCUUGGGUACGCCCAUUUCUCAUCAAUUGAGACAACCCACGAUGGAAUACACAUGGUAACUGGUGGUCUUGGAGGUCAUAUGUCGUAUAUUGAUCUAGCUGCGUUUGACCCAAUAUUUUUUUUUAUUCAUUUAAACGUUGAUCGAAUUAUUGCUCUUUGGCGAGGAGUAUAUCCCAACAGUUGGGUUCCUCAAAAUUUAAAUGUAAACGGAUCUUAUACUGAAGGCAUGAAUUAUGUGCUUAACGAAUACACGGAUCUAGAACCAUUUAGAAAAUCAGAAACUGAAUUUUGGAAAUCUUCUGAUGUUCGAAAUAUAACAAAACUUGGUUAUACUUAUCUUGAAUUGGAAAAAUUCAAAGACCCGAAAGAACUGCAAAAUUACCUUCUUGAACUUUAUAAAGCUGAUCCACAUUAUGGUACACGUUAUUUUGUAAAAGUUACCAUAGAGAAAGGUAAAUUAGUUGGUCCAUACGCAAUUAGAGUUUUCGUUGAUCUACCAAGUGCGAAUGCCGCAACUCCUAUAACUUCUCCUCAUUUCGCGGGUUUUAUUGCUAUGUGGCAAAGUACUUUAGAACAUAAAAAUAAUUCUUUAGUAACAGGCACUGUUGAUAUUACUGCUGCUAUGGAAAGAUUAGGAAUCAGAACACAAAAACAAGACUAUAUUCAUGAAGUUAAUGCCACGACGGGCUUGUUAGAUCCUUCUUCUCUUUUUAAUAUUGGUACAGAUAUAAACAUAGUUCCUGUUAUGAUGAAUGGUUAUGAGGUUAGUCCGAAGGAUGCUGGGGUUAGUUUGGUUCAAGUUUUCUCUUUUGAACACGACAAAGUAGAUAAAAAUUUUUUGGUUGAAAACACUGGACAAUUUUAUACAUCUAAAAAAUUUUAA